CCUCAGAUCAUCUUCUACGAGGACAGGAACUUCCUGGGUCGUUCCUAUGAGGUCAUGAACGACUGCCCUGACAUGUCCUCCUACCUGAGCAGGUGCCACUCCUGCAGGGUUGAGAGAGGCUGCUUCAUGGUGUACGACCGCACCAACUACAUGGGCAACCAGUACUUCCUGAGGAGGGGUGAAUAUUCUGACUACAUGAGCAUGAUGGGGAUGAACGACUGCAUCAGGUCCUGCCGUAUGAUCCCCAUGUACAGGGGAUCCUACAGGAUGAGGAUCUACGAGAGAGAGAACUUCGGUGGUCAGAUGUAUGAGCUGAUGGACGACUGUGAUAACAUCAUGGACCGUUACCGCAUGUCCAACUGCAUGUCCUGCAAUGUGAUGGAUGGCCACUGGCUGAUGUACGAGCAGCCCCACUACAGAGGCAGAAUGAUGUACAUGAGGCCUGGAGAGUACAGGAGCUUCAUGAACAUGGGAUUCAGCGGCAUGAGGUUCAUGAGCAUGAGGCGCAUCACUGACUCCUGCUACUAGGCUGUCUUUGCACUAAAUAAAGCUGUCAUGAACUGAA